UGCUUUACGAUCUCAUCUAACAUGAUCACCUUCCAGACUCUUUCGCACGACUACAUCCAAGGUCUUGUCCCACGGUUCUGAUUCGUCCGGUACGAUCAGAAUCUCCAGCCAUUCUUUCAGCUGUCAAACAGUCGAAUCUAUAGCACCGACGUUCCUUCAAAGAUCAAAAUGUUCAGCAAGGCUUUCCUUACCGCUGCUCUGCUCGGCGCCGCUGCCGUUGAGGGCCACAUGAUGAUGUCGCAGCCCGUUCCUUACGGCAAGGACACUCUCAACAACUCUCCGCUUGCGGCGGAUGGCAGUGAUUUUCCCUGCAAGAUGAGGUCCAACACUUACGAGGUCUCCGAAGAGAACACUGCCGCCAUCGGCCAAUCGAUGCCUCUCACUUUCAUUGGUAGUGCUGUUCACGGCGGCGGAUCUUGCCAGGUCAGCUUGACCACUGACCGUGAGCCCACGAAGGACUCCAAGUGGAUGGUCAUCAAGUCGAUCGAAGGUGGAUGUCCCGCCAACGUGGAUGGUAACCUUUCUGGUGGCCCCACCUCGACGGGAGCGUCCAAGUUCACUUACUCCAUCCCUGAAGGCAUUGAGCCUGGCAAAUACACCCUCGCCUGGACUUGGUUCAACCGUAUCGGAAACCGUGAGAUGUACAUGAACUGUGCUCCUCUUACCGUCACCGGUGGUUCUUCCAAGCGUGACGAAGUUCCCAAGGAGAAGACCGUCGAGAAGCGCUCUCCUAACUUCCCUCCCAUGUUCGUCGCCAAUGUCAACGGCUGCACCACCAAGGAAAGUGUCGAUAUUCGUUUCCCCAACCCCGGUGACAACGUUGAGUACGCUGGUGAGAAGAGCAACCUGGCGCCUGAGGGCAGCGAGGCCUGCACUGGCACCCCGACAUUCGGUGGAGAUGGCAACACCGCCGGUUCUAGUGGCUCUUCUGGCAGCUCUUCUGGAAGCUCUUCUGGCAGCUCCAGCUCUUCGGCUGCCGGCUCCUCCGGUGCUACCUCUGCCCCUGCGCCUCCUGCACCAGUAGCUUCCUCGACUUUGGUUCCCCAGCCUUCCCAGUCCUCUGCUCCUGGUGUCUUUGUCCCUACUGACUCGCCCGCCCAGCCUACCCACACCAGCGCCCCUUCGGGUGGCUCUAGCUCCGGCUCUGGUUCAAGCUCUGGUUCAAGCUCUGGUUCCAGCUCUGGUGCUCUGACCGGAUCUUGCAGCUCGGAGGGUACUUGGAACUGCGUUGGUGGUUCUUCCUUCCAGCGCUGUGCCAACGGACUGUGGACCCCGGUGCAGCAGAUGGCCGCUGGUACUGAAUGUACUGCUGGCCAGGACACGAACCUCAAGAUCAAGGCUACCAACCUCAAGCCCCGCAUGCUCCAUGAGAUGCGUCACAGGAAGCGCAACUACCACAACCACGCAUAAAGAGAUUCUGAUAUCCGCCGGUUCGGUUAUCGGGGUUCCUUUUUGAUUUCUCUUCGUUUUCCUUGCAGUGGCGUGGACGCUUGUGGGGGAGCCUUUCUGGGGUGGAUUUUCUUCAAUUGUAUUUACUUUCCAGGGUAGAUGAAAAGAAGGUUAGGACUGGAGACCUUCCUUGAAUAGAAAGCUUUGAUCAUCAUAUUCAGUUGGCACAUAACGUACUGGUAGUUUGA